GGGCGGGGUUUGGGGUCUGGCCAGGUGGAAUCUGGUACCCCAGGACCGCGGCAACCCAGACUAACCGACCCACUGGGAGAAGAUGCCUGAGAGUCCUGGAGUCCUCCAAACCCUGCCCGCCUCCGUCUUCCUCUUCCUGAUCUCCGCUGCUGGCCUGGGCCCCGGGUGCCAAGCCCUGUGGGUAGAUGGGGGCCCGCCAUCGGUGACGGUGAGUGUGGGAGACAAGGCCCGCCUCCUGUGCUUGCACAACAGCAGCAAGCCAGCCAGCCACCUCAAAGUCACGUGGUGGCGCAUCCUGCAAGGCAAUGCCACGUGGUCCCCUAUGCUCUGGAGUGUGGGCGAGGGCCCCAAUGGCGAGCUGACCAUCCCUCAGGUGAACAAGAGCCACAUGGGCCUGUACAGGUGCCUCAUCGAGGAGGAUGGCGGAGAAUCCAAGCAGUCCUGCGGCACCUACCUCCGCGUGCGCGAGCCACCGCCCAGGCCCUUCCUGGACAUGGGGGAGGGCACCAAGAACAACAUCAUCACUGCCGAGGGGAUCAUCCUGCUGUUCUGCGCCGUAGUGCCUGGGACGCUGCUGCUGUUCAGGAAACGGUGGCAGAACCUGAAGUUUGGGCCCGACGGCCAGGAUGACUACGAAGAUGAAAAUCUGUAUGAGGGUCUGAACCUGGACGACUGCUCCAUGUAUGAGGACAUCUCCCGGGGCCUCCAGGGCACCUACCAGGACGUGGGCAACCUCCACAUCGGAGACGUCCAGCUGGAGAAGCCGUGACUGCAUCGUGUCUCUGCCUGCCACUCAAACUCGACUUCUUCUCAUAAUCUUUCCUGGGAGUGCCCUGACUCAACUUUCCCCUUGGGUGUGUUUGCUCUUCCCUGUAGACUGUCAUCCCCUAAUACAGUCCUCUGCCUGCGGCCUCCCCAGUCCCCCACCGCAGCGGGUAAUGAGCCCUUGAUCACUGCCUCUACGGGAGCUGAUUGUAGCAGCCUCGUUAGUGUCACCCCGCCCCCUCCCUGCUCUGUCAUGGCCACUUAGUGAUAAUAAAUCCCUCCCAAUUGCA